CACAACGAACCCUUUCACAUUACCACUCCGUAGCAGAACUUUGCACAGACGAGUCCACCAGCAGACAUGACGUACGGAUGCAACGGUUCCCAGGGCAAAGUGUCGGACCACGUUUUUCGCUGCAGCUGCUGCGCCAAGAUGAUCCCGGAUCAUGCCCCAGUCUACAUGCGAGAUGACCUUACCUACUGCAGCUCCAUGUGCCGAGACAGGGGAUUGUCCAGGCUUGUCUUGAAUUUGAAAGAAGCUCGACUGGCUCGAGUUCCCUCAGGUGGCUCCGACCUGUGCACGGCCAGCGUCUACAAGUCGGACGCUUCUCCGACAGCGAAGACCGAGGUCACGGACCUCAGCGUGACGGACGACGUGGAUUGGGGACGACUGGGGCAACUGGCGAAGAUUGGACACCGUGUGAUUGAUGCCCUCUUGCGAAAAGUGGCUUCGAAAACUUGGGGUGCUCAGGUCUUGAGAACAUACUCUACCAGUGUGCUUUGGGGACGAGGAGUGGCAGAAAACUCGGCCGUGGCUCCACUUUUCAACUAUUUGCCACAGGUGGACCACUACAUGGCCAAAGAUGUUUCCUACGCCGACAUGUCUCCACGCUCGGAUGCGGUGGACAUUUUGGAUGUCCCCUUCUGCGUGUACUGAGGCACGCCGCACCCGUUUUGGCUGAUAAUAGCAAGGGCCAUCGCUACUAGGGUGGAGGCCAGCGCUACUAGUACUUUUGUUUUGAAUAGUGCGAUUUGGAGACACGUGGUGUCAACCUGUGAGGCAUAAAUUGCUUCACAGCGCAUCGACUGAGACGGUUUUUGUUCAAGACAAAGGCAGCAUAGCGGGCUCCUGUGGUUUUGGGCUCCAAACACCAUCUGGAGCAGCAGCUGCACCUCUUCACACCAUGUGAAGACGGCGUGUUUCAAUCUGGUGCAGAUUUUCAGGGACAGUUGCAUAAAUUGUCGCUGGGAGUGACCCGAUUUAGUUUGUUGCCAAGCUCUCCGAACGAAGCUCUUGGGGUAGAGGCUGCAGCCGGCAUGAACGCUUCCCCAUUGGGUCCAACCUCCAAACUUCUUCCGUUCAGCAUGUGCGUCCGCUGGUGGAACGCGUCAGCUGCGAGCAGCCUUGGGAACCCGCACAUCGAAGGCUUCGAAAGGAGCAGCGUCCUAUACUCGAUGUGAGCACCUUGCUUUCCAGCUAUGUAUACUUGAAUGAUGGAGUUGCAUCUGGGCGCUG